CUUCAGUAUUUGGUGCGCUCCCCUUGACACAGAGGAUUCACAUUAGCAACUCAAAAAUACCAUCAUGCAGUGCUUGUAUCUUGUUUUCGUCGGCUGUUUUAUCUUGGCAGCAGAUGCUCUCUCUGGCUCUAACAAUGAUGCUGAAUUCGUUGCUGGUGUUAGUAGUAAAUUGUUUGGAAAAUGCUUUGGCAAAUAUAAUUGUCAAGUUGAAAGAGAUGCCCUAGAGAAAGCUAGUGGAAUGGAGGAAAUCUGCAGGAAAGCCGAGCAAUACACGCAGUGUUAUUCAACGGAAAAAGCAUGCAACACAAGCGAUGGGUUCAAUAACCUAACAAAGCUGGGGGAUGACUUGAAGAACAGAUUUUGUGCCCUAGGUAACACAAAUCCUUCUCCAGAAACAACAACAGGAUCAAGCACUACAACAGCAAGCACUACUCCAGCGCCUACUACAACUGGAUCAAGCACUACAACAGCAAGCACUACUCCAGCGCCUACUACAACGGGUUCGUAUUCUUAG